AUGGAUCAACAGAAAAAAAAAUUUUUCCAAAUCAAAAUGUUGAUCUGAUUGUUGUUAAUUGUUUUCUGUUUGUUUUAUAUUGUGAUUGUAAAUUUGUUUUUAUCAUCGGUUUUUUUUUGUUGUUGAUUAACAUCUCAAGUGUAAGGUAAAUAUGGGAAAUGCAAAUUCUAUUCGUUUACAUUAUGAAAAUGCAUCAAGAACUGGAGUAUUCACUUUAAAAGAUGCCAAGUUGAAAGAGUUUCCUGAACAUUUGGUUAAAUUGUCUCGAAACAUACGAAGCCUUGAUUUAUCUGAUAAUCGGAUUAAAACAAUACCCACUUUCAUGGCCUUAUUUACUUCACUUAAACAUCUAAUUCUCAACAAUAAUUGUAUAAUUGGACUACCUGAUGAGAUUAAUCGUUUAAUCAAAUUGGAUACUCUCUCAUUGACUAAAAAUAGGUUAACCAGAAUACCAUCAGAUCUUAGUUGUUUAACGUCAUUACGAAUUGUUAAUCUUAAUUUUAAUCAACUUACCUCUUUUCCAAUGGCAUUGGUUAAAUUAAAAAAUUUGGAAGUUGUUGAUUUAUCACAUAAUAAGAUUAAAUCUAUUCCCGAUGGUGUUGCUGAUCUUCAAGCUUUGGAGGUUAAUCUUAAUCAGAAUCAGGUGACCACAGUUUCUCCUGAUAUUUGCCAGUGUAAACGAUUAAAAGUUCUAAGAUUGGAAGAGAAUUGUUUAAAUUUAUCAUCCAUACCUGUUGAUCUUCUUAGUGAAUCAAAAAUUUCUUUACUUGCUGUUGAUGGAAAUCUAUUUAAAUUGAAAGAAUUUCAAAAUCUACCUGGUUAUGAGUCUUAUCUGGAACGUUACACAGCAACUAAAAAGAAAAUGAUGUAAAAAAGCAAAACAAAAAGGAGAGAAGAAAAAUCAUUAAUCAUGAUUACCAUUAUUAUCAAUUAAAUUUUACCAAUGGCACCAACUGGACACACCCAAUUAAUCACAUUAAUCAUUUUAAAUUAAAUCAAACUUACCUUUAUGUUUACACCGAUUGUGGAAAAAAAUUUCUUUGUGAUAUUAUUAAUCAGUUGUGACUGUUUGAUUGUGUUUAAAUUAUUCCAAUUGUAAAAUUUGUUUUAACCAUUUUCCAUUUUCAAUCUUAUCGUUUAAUUGAAAAUUUAAAAACCAAAAACAAUUAAAUUAAUUAGAUUUAAAACAAGAAUAAAAAAAAUUAAACUCAUUA